ACCAGACUGCCAGAGAAAGUCUGGCCACACUGUAUUCAGGCACCGUCAGCGGUCGAAUCCGUGAAUUUCACAAAGGUGGCGGCAAACAAAUUGGAGGCUUUAAACACCAAAUUACAACCAUGGCGGACAACAGCGGUGCAGAACAGGAUACUGAUGAUGUGAUCCGCAUCAUGGUGGCCACUGACAACCACCUUGGCUAUGGCGAAAAGGAUGCUAUUAGAGGCGAGGACAGUUUUACGGCCUUUGAGGAGAUCCUGGAACUGGCUGUGUCCGAGGACGUGGACAUGAUCCUGCUAGGCGGAGACCUCUUCCACGACGCCGUUCCCAGCCAAAAUUCCCUGCACAAAUGCAUGGAACUGCUGCGCAGAUACACCUUUGGAGAUCGGCCCAUUUCCCUGCAGAUUUUAAGCGAUCAAGCGGAGAGCUUCCACAAUUCUGUCAACCAGUCGGUCAACUAUAUGGAUCCCAACCUAAACAUUUCCAUUCCGGUCUUCUCCAUCCACGGCAACCACGACGAUCCGAGCGGGUUCGGAAGGCUUAGCUCUCUGGAUCUUCUAAGCACCACUGGUCUGGUGAACUAUUUCGGUCGCUGGACGGACCUGAGCCAAGUAGAAAUCAAACCCGUCUUAAUACGCAAGGGCGUGAGUCAGCUGGCACUCUACGGGCUAAGUCACAUCCACGAUGCCCGGCUUGCACGUCUGGUUAGGGACUUCAAGGUCAACUUUUUCUGUCCCGAAUCUACUAAGGAAAAUGAGGAGGAUGAGGACGACUGGUUCCACCUUCUGGUGGUGCAUCAGAACCGAGCGGAUCGCGGGCCGAAAAACUACUUGCCUGAAAACUCGCUUCCUGCAUUCCUACACUUGGUAAUCUGGGGUCACGAGCACGACUGCAGAAUAGAGCCGGAGCUGAACCCCAAGGGCUUUUACGUCUCACAGCCGGGGUCGUCGGUUCCAACGUCUCUUUCACAGGGGGAGUCCAUUAAGAAACACGUUGGUCUGCUGGAGAUCUACAAGAACAAGUUUAAGCUUAAGGAGCUGCCGUUGCAGACAGUGCGUCCUUUUGUCCACGAAUCCGUGGUCCUUUCAGACUUGUCUGAUGAGCUGGAGUUGACGCAGGGAAACGCGUCUGCCAACGUGCACAAGUAUGCCAAAAAGCGCGUGGAGGCCAUGAUAGAGCAGGCAAAGUCCCAGCUCACGGGGCACCCCCAACAGCCCACACUGCCCCUUAUCCGGCUGCGUCUGCUCUAUACGGAUGAGGCGUGUAUGUUUAAUACCAUUCGCUUCUCGCAAAUGUUCAGCACUCAGGUGGCCAAUGCCCAGGACGUGGUGCUGUUUAGCAAGAUCGCCAAGCGGAAGACAGAGAAGGAGGGGCCGCAAAGUUUAGACAAAGAGGCCAUUCGAAAGGCCAUGGAAGCGGAAAAUGCUACUCAUGUAGAAGAAUUGGUAGCUCGCUACUUCGAUGGGGCCAAUGCGAAGAAUCCCUUAAAGCUGUUCCACUCCAAGGCUUUGUCCGAGAUGACCUUUCGUCUGGUGGAGCGUAAGGAUGCUAAUGCGGCCGAUCAUAUUGUCAAGUUCUACAGGGAAAAGGCGGUGGAUCAUUUAAUGGAGACCAUGCCCUUUGAGGAGAACAUUGGCGAAGAGGUGAACAGUUGGAUGCUUCGCAGCAAGCACGAGAGCCUGUUGAAGGAGCUAGACGCGCGGGGCGGCAGUGUAAAGAAGGACAAUAAGUCUCCUAACACCAGUGCACCUACAACCAGCGGACGAGGGCGUGGCAGUCGUGGUGGAGGUCGUGGACGAGCUGCGUCUACAGCAGCCACGCGGGGAAAGGGUCAGUUGGAUGUCACCGUCAAUACCACUCGCACUUCGUCGAGACAAACUUUGUUGAACAACAUAAAGCCUAAGAAAAAUACUCCUACAUAUUAUGUAGAUGAUUCGGAUUAACUCACAUUCCAGACCUGGAGAAGGUUAAACACAAAAUGGAUAUAUUUUAUUAAAAGUUUACCCAUUGUUUCUAUGUAUGUAAUAAAUCUUAUAAAAAAAAAAGAAUUUUACUUCGUGAUCGGUUAAA